UUUUCCUCAUUAACGGAUUUGGUCUAUCACACAAAAUAAUCCGAACAUGGUACCCGGCCCCUGGUAUCGUAACGUUCAAGCUGCAGGUCGACAGCUUAUUGUCAUGGCUCAUUCCAGCAACGAUGGGAUUCUGUCUGCAGCCAGUCUUCCCCCCUGGGCGGCGGCCUGUCCGCAGCCAGUUUUCUCCUCCAUCAUGCCAAGGACUGAAAAUACCCACGUCUAGACUCUAGGCCCAGGGUCUCUAGCCACGCUGGUUCCAGGUCUCUUACCAGAAUUCUCAAACCAACUAGUGAUCCGAAGCCAUGGCAGGUAUAUAAGACCUCACCGUGGCUCAGAUGGCUUCUGCAAGGGCAUCAAGGACGACACGUGCAGAACUCAGAAUUCGUUCCCUUUGUACUCAUUAGCGAGAUCUUUAACAGUGAAAUGGAUGAUGUGGAGCAGUGUCGGGCGGGCUUGCAGGAGUGUCCCCUCGACGAUUCUCGUCGACCAACUUUUCUAAAUAAUCUUGGUAGUAGCCUUCGACAAAGGUUCCUUCAGCAUGGAGACAUGUCUGACCUGUCUGAAUCCAUCGAUCUCCAUCGAGCUGCACUGGCGCUUCAUCCCCCUGGCUGUCCUGAUCGAUCCACGUCUCUCAAUGGCCUUGCCAGCAGCCUUCGAAACAGAUACAUGCAGCGAGGAGACAUGUCUGACUUGUCCGAGUCCACUGAGCUCUAUCAAGCUGCACUAGAGCUCUGCCCCCCUGGCCAUCCUGAACGAUCCAUCUCUCUCAAUGGCUUUGCCAACUGUCUUUCAAACAGAUUCGAGGAGCGGGGUGUCCUGUCCGACCUGGAUGACUCCAUUAAGCUCCAUCAAGCUGCGCUAGCACUCCGUCCCCCUGGCCAUCCUGAUCGAUCCAUGUCUCUCAACAACCUUGCUAAUAGCCUCCGAAACAGAUUCCAGCAGCAGGGCAUGAUGUCUGAUCUUAAUGAGGUUAUUGAGCUCCAUCGUGCUGCACUACUACUCCGCCCCCCUGGCCAUUUUGACCGAUUCAUGUCUCUUAAUAACCUUGCCAUCAGCCUUCAAGAGAAAUUUGAGCAGCAGGGCAUGCUGUCUGACUUGGAUGAGGCCAUCGAGCUCCAUCGAGCUGCUCUGGUGCUCUGUCUCCCUGGUCAUUCCAAUCAAUCUCUGUCUUUGAGUAAUAUCGCUAUAUCCCUUCAAAGCAGAUUCCAACACCGGGGAAUGCUGUCUGACCUGGAUGAGGCCAUUGAGCUCCAUCAGGCUGCCGUGGCACUCAGUCCCCUUGGCCAUCCUCAUCGAUCCUCGUCUCUCAACAACCUUGCCAACAGCCUGCGAGACAGAUUCUUGCAGCGGGGUGCGCUGUCGGACCUGGAUGAGGCAAUCGAGCUCCAUCGAGCUGCACUGGUGCUCCAUCCCUCCGGUCAUUAUCAUUCCACGUCUCUCAGCAAUCUUGCCAACUGCCUUCAUGAACAAUUCCAGCAGCGGGGCAACCUGCCUGACCUCGAAGAGGCCAUUGCCCUCCAUCGAGCUGCGCUACUACACCGUCCUCCUGGCCAUUCUGAUCGGUCGAUGUGUCUCAACAACCUUGCCACAAGCGUUCACGAAAGAUUCUUGCAGCAGAGUGCGCCAUCUGACAUUGAUGAGGCUAUUGAACUUCAUCGAGCUGCGCUGGAGCUUCGCCCCAUUGGUCAUUCUGAUCGAUCCAUGUCUCUCAACAACCUCGCCAUUACCCUUCAACACAGAUUCGUGCAACGUGCCAUCACGUCGGACUUGGACGAGUCCAUCGAGCUUCAUCAGGCUGCACUGGAGCUCCGUCCUCCUGGACAUAUUGAUCGUUCCUCGUCUCUCCACAACCUUGCCAUUAGCCUUCAACGCAGAUUCAGGCAGCGUGGCGUCUUCGCUGAUCUGGAUGUGUCCAUCGAGCUCUAUCGAGCUGCAUUGGUGCUGCAUCCUUCUGGACAUUCUCAUCGAUCUUCGACUCUCAACAACCUUGCCACCACCCUUCGGGACAGAUUCCAGCAUCGGGGUGCCCUGUCUGACCUAGAUGAGUCCAUCGAGCUUCAUCGAGCUACACUGGAGCUUCGCCCCCCCGGCCAUUCUGAGCGACACAUGUCUCUCAACAACCUUGCCAUAGGUCUCGGAGAUAGAUUCAAGUGUCGGGGUGUGCCGUCUGACCUUGAUGAGGCCAUUGAGCUCCAUCGAGCUGCACUGAUUCUCUGUCCCCUUGGUCAUUCUGAACGAUCCUUAUCCCUCAACAACCUUGCAGCAAGCCUUCACUGCAGAUCUGAGCAGCGGGGUGACAUAUCUGACUUAGAUGAGUCCAUCGAGCUCCAUCGCGCUGCAUUGGAUCUCCAUCCUCUUGGCCAUUCUGAACGAUCCACAUCAAUCAACAACUUGGUCAUUGGUCUUCAAGACAGGUUUCAUCGGCAGGGUCUGUCAUCAGACUUGGACGAGUCAUUUAGGCUUUAUUUACAACUCCCCCAAGUAUCCCAUGCAGUCUCUCGUGUAGAUCUUUCUAUCGCCAUGACCUGGGUCGCCUCUGCCGAGCAGUUCAAGCAUAGCUCCGCAUUGGUUGCUUAUCAGACCACUUUGAACUUCCUGGAUCAGCACCUUGCCAUUAUGAUGUUUUCUACACAUCAUUUCAAUGCCAUUAGGUUGGACGCUUCGUCUAUUGCAAUGGAUGCUUUUUCGUAUUGCGUUCGUCGCGGUGCUUUGUCGACUGCUGUGGAGUUGGUGGAGCAAGGUCGUGCAAUAUUUUGGACUCAGUUGGCACGCUUCCGCACACCACUGGACGAGCUUUCUGCAUCAGGUGACACCGGUAAUGCCUUGGCAGAAGAGGUCAGGCAUCUCAGCUCUCUCCUUCGCACCGCGUUAGAUGCAUCCACUGCAGAUCAGUCCCCACAAAUCCGGCAAUCUAUCAUGCAAUGGGAUGACCUGAUCUCUCGCAUUCGCAUGUUGUCACAAUUUUCCCGUUUUCUCCUACCUCCGCUGUUCUCUGACCUUCAAAAAGCGGCAGAAAAUGGAGCGGUUAUCAUUGUCAAUGCAAGCCAGUACAGCUGCGACGCCUUGAUUAUCCUGGUUGACCAAGAUCCUGUCCACAUUCCACUUGAUAUUGCACGAGUUGAGGUCUCCGAGUUGUCUUCCGAGUUCCAGUCCCUCACGGCUCAUGCCGGCUUAUCUAAUCAUAAAGUCGAAUCAUACAAGAUCGUUUAUAUCCUACGCCAGCUUUGGGAUGGUGUUGUUGAGCCCGUAGUUCAAGCGCUCAGGAAGUUUAUUCCACGCGGCUCACGGAUCUGGUGGUGUCCUACCGCGGAGUUCACGCUGCUUCCUCUCCAUGCAGCAGGACCAUAUGGGCUGAACACUCAUAACCUUUCUCAUUUCUACAUCUCUUCAUACACCCCGACCUUGGCCGCACUCAUUCGUGCCAGGCAGCAGGUUUCCCGAAAUGAAUCCCAGGAUCGUUUCGUUGCCAUUGGCCAAGCAAACCCGGAAGGACAGAAGAGCCUCCAGUUUGUUUCUGAUGAGUUGGCCGCUGUUGCCCAACGUGUCGCAACUGUCCUGCCCUUUACGUCGCUCGAGGACAGCGACGCAACUGUUCAAGGAGCACUUGAUGCACUACGCCAAAACCAGUGGGUUCACCUUGCCUGCCAUGGUUUACCGAAUCGGAAGCAACCGUUCGAAGCUUCAUUUGCAAUGCGCGAUGGGCGUUUGACGAUCAGGGACAUCAUCCAAUCUCGCUGGCAGAGCCCGGAGUUUGCGUUCUUGUCGGCUUGCCAUACUACCGUGGGCGAUGAGUCGAGCCCUGACGAGGCGAUCCAUCUCGCUGCUGCGAUGCAAUUCGCUGGAUUUCGCAGUGUGAUAGGUUCUAUGUGGUCUGUCGACGAUAACGUUGCACGCCAGAUUGUUGCUACUUUUUACGACAAUAUGGUUGAUAGCUCAGGGAGAUUGGACUGCACACGUGCUGCUGUAGCUUUACAUAAGGCUGUGAAGACACUGCGCAAGAAAAGUGAUAUUUUUCCACUGGAACAACAGAUUGUAUUUAUUCACAUAGGUGUCUAG